AGAGGUGUGGUGUUACAGAUGAUUGGUUCUCAUAUGAAUUGAAUAAAAAACCUGAAGCUAUUAGGUUCAAUGUUAGAUUUUACGAGUCUAUACAAAAAUUCUAUUAACUGAACUUUCUUACGAUAAAUUCCUGCUACUUCUGAGAUCGAUAAAGUUUAAACACAAUUGACGUGAAGGUAGGAACACUAAUUAAUUCUUCCGAGAAUAAUUUUUUGUAUUUCUCAUCGAAAGUGUCUUCAUUCAUAUGAUAUAAGUACUGCUGAGAAAAGCUCUACUGAUAAAUUUUAACAAUUUUAUAGCGAACGUGUAUAUAAAAAUAUUCCACAAGAAAAUCUUCACAGUUAGUGAAGUCAUCAUUUUUGUUUGAAACAUUCUGAAUAAAAACAGGAAUUGAUGCCGCCGCUCAUAGAAGAAGAUAAUAAGGCAAAGCAACCAAGUCUGAAGUUUCUUCGCCUGCCAUUUAAAAAGAAAAAAUCCUUUUCUGUCAUAGAUCCGAAGCCCGAACACGUCGUCAUCGAUAUUGCAAGCAAUCCGAGCCAUUCAAGUUCCACUGCCAUAAGUUCACAAACAACUCCUCUUGCAACCCCACCACAAGCUCCAAAAAAUAUUGGAAACAAGCUUCUACCGAAUUUUAUUGCAUUGCCCUUUCCUCUUCCAACUUCAUCGCCAUCGAAGGAGACGAGCUUAACAGAUGAUAUGGUCACUAAUAAUGAGCAAACCAAGGAGGAAAGCACUGUAACGUCACCGAUUUUUAAUGGGGCUGCUAUAUCCGAAACUCCUUCUUCCCCUUCCUCUCCAAACAUCUCCUCAAAAUUCAAGAUGAAAACGAAGGAGGAUAACGAGAAAAAAACACCCUUCCUAUCUCCAGCUUACACAAAUCUUGGAUUCCAAGGAGACUCGGAAUCGACGCUAGGUCUGUCAUCGAACUGUUCUGAGUUGUCUGUUUCAUCUUCGGAAGAUGAUACCUGGGAAGCGAGCAAUACCAUCAUCAGUGCUGACACUGGGAUAUCAUCGGCUGCAGCAGACGACAGUGACAGCAGUGGCCUUUUUAUUGCAGCAAAAACCAAUCGGGAAGCUCAUGAUCGAGCUCGAACGACCCUCAAACAUCCCGACCUUCAAACUUCGACCAGUAACGAAGAUGUUAAAUCCCCUCCUCCCGAAUCGUGUCUCGGCUGGAAGUUAUUCCAAAACCAGAACUCUAUGCCCAAUUCUCUAUCAGCUUUGAAUCAAUUUUCAAGUGAAUGCAAUAGGAGUACUGGAAAUUUGAGUGCAGAUCAUGUGUCUCGUGACUAUCAAAGAAGUACAGGUAACCUGAGCGUGAGUCGUUUACCACGAGAAUGUCACAGAAGCACAGGGAACCUUAGUGUAAGUCGGUUGACCCGUGACUCUGACAGAAGAACAGCUAACGCUAGACUUGGUGUUUUCCAAUCUGAACUUAAGAAAUGCAAUAGCAACCAGAGUGUCAUAAGCGAUAUAAAGUCUGAAAGUCAUUUGAGAUUAUAUGAAAGGAACACUCGAAAAGCCUACAGCAGACAGCUCAGGGUAAUGUGGGCGGAAAGAAGUCAAAUGAGUCGAUCAACUUCAGACCUGAGGUUCUUGCGCUGCAGUGAGAGCGACGCCAAGAGUCCGAAUGAUGCAGGCUCCCUUUCUGAGACUACAACAUCGUUUUUAAGAAUGUCAAAGUCAUCAAAUUGUUUGUCAGCCUUGUCUGCCGAUGGACAACCGUCAGUCAGUCAAACGUCUAGUAGCACUUGCAUCGAACAAGGUUGUACUGAUAAAACUAGUCCAAAAAAUGCAAAAUUUGCUUCUGACGCGACACCAUCGAGCCGAACAGAGAGCAAAGGCAGCAGUUCUGCGGCGUACCAACGGCGCUACAAGAGGGCUCGCAGCGCACCUCCAAGAAGUUUGUUCCAAACGCCUCUCAAACCUGUCACUGCAAGAUGGGUCGGAGAAGAAGUAUCCUCCCACCGCGGUGCUCAUGGUAACAGCGGCACCACGGUUGAGAAUGGGGCUGCUGGGGGUGCCUCGUUCUCCCUACCGAGCACUCCUGUCACUCCCCACAUCGUGGUGUCUCUGGAUGAAGAUUCCCCAGAUGAUACCCCCGAAGAUGAGGAAGAAUUUCGGGACGACGGAGCUGAAAAGUCAAGCGACGAGAACAACAGACCACAUAUGCUGGUCAAGAGUAAAAGUCUCGGCAGCUGUGAAAAUCUGGAUGGCUCUAAGAGCGAAUUUAACGGUCCCACAAGCGCAGAACGCGAUCAAUUGGCGCGGCAUAACUCGAUUUCAUCGUACCUAUCGCCGGAAGUGGAGGUAAACCUGCAGCGCAAGACGCGUCGCAGCUCCAUGAUCGGUCUGAUGCACCACGCCGCCUCCAUGAGUAACGUCAACAGCCUCAACGUAGGCCAGCCGCUGGCGCUGCCGCACGCCACAUCGUCAGGCUCACUGCGCCACGGCGCCUCCAGGAACAGCCUAGCGCCCUCCAACGGCGACUGGCGCAGGGAGGGCAAGGACUCGAUGAUCUCGGGCCUGUCUGCACUCUACGGCAAGAUUCUCGUGGUCAUGGGGCUUGCUUUUCCCAUAGGGGAGUUUAUCUCAGGCGAGAUGCCGCUCUACGUCUACAAGGGCUUCUACCUGUACCUGCACCUUGGUUCCAUCAUCUUCCUGGUGUACGCAUACAUGUUCCUGCUGCAGGUGGUGCCUCUACCGAAAGUUGAAAUCAAAUCUCGACUACAGAAUCUCAGAGCUUCAACCACAAAUCUCGCUCAACGCCUCACCGCUAGUGUUCUCCCCCUGGCUCAAGGAGAUCGAGGUCGCUUGAGCGCAAAGACGGACGUCGAACGUUCCGGUGGAGGCAGAAACGAUGAUUCACGCUCCAUGAACACCACGAUGACCUUUAACAACAACAAGAACUACACCAUCACUGAGUCCACUCACGAGUCCAUGUACCUCAAAAUGGGGGCUAUGGUGUUCGGGAUUGGCAGUAUGAUCUACAGCGGUCUGGAGGUGGGGCAAUACUUUGACCUGAAGGCGACAGCGGAGUGUGCAGAUCUCCUGAUGGUGGUGUCACCGCUGUCUAGGAUGCUCUUCACUUUCAUACAAAUGUACUUCAUCUUCCUCAACUCCAGGGUAGCCAUCAAUAAACAUCGGACCGUGGCACGUUUCGGGCUCAUGCACAUGAUCGCCACGAACCUUUGUAUUUGGUUGAACGUGCUUGUCGAAGAGACCAAGCACGAGAUACAUUCUAUCACACAUGCCAACUCAGGCCAUGGCGACGGCCAUCACGGCGAUAAGUUGGAGGACGACGAGCUCUAUGGCCACGGUCUGGCCACCGUCAUGACACAGAUAGCUGACGCAGCUAAGAACAUGACUCACCACAGCGUCCUGACCACCACACAUGGGCCUGACGUUAGCUCAGUCCUGCCUGACUUCAUGGACUCUGGCAGCAGUGAAGAGCACCACGCAUUUCUUGACGAUGUUCACGACGUGGUACGUCGCUCGGCCGACACGUCGCACUCGAGCAGCAUCUACGACUGCAGAAAGUCCGACAUGAUGAGCAGACUUGUGGACAACGCGUCGCCUUUCCUCUUCCCCUGCACCAUCGAAUACUCGCUGCUGUGUUCUGGUGUCCUGUACGUCAUCUGGAAGAACAUCAACAAGUCGCAGAGCGGACAGUCCGGUAACUGCGGCGACUCUGACAUCUCGACGUUCAUCGCACGCAAGGCACGACACCACUACUCCGUUGACUGCGCUCACGCCACCAGAGGUCUCUUCAUGGGCAUAUUGGUGCUGGUGCUCACCAUCAUCUCACUUAUCCUCUUCUUCGUUCUCAUCAACAACGAAAACACAAAAUCCGUCGCUGUUCUGGAGGCCAACGUAAUCGAGCUCAGUGUUUACAGUGUCGCCAUCAUCACGGUUGUGAUAGGAAUGAUACAGAUGCGCGAGCUGGAAUUCGUCGAGCACGAGGACUUGGAGCUGGACAAUAUUUUGCUGCUCAUCGCUCAGACCGGGACCUACAUCUACACCUGCUUCACCAUCAUCGGUGGAAACUUCAGUCUAGAUGCGCAGCGAGCUCUGCCGUUCUUCACGGCGGUGAUCACGCUAGUCCAGACUACCUUGCAGACUCUCUUCAUCUUGAACGCCUCACGUCGCUGCUGCUACACCUACGACCAACUCAACAGGAAGCCUGGCAGGGAGAUGGUAACUUUUCUGCUGAUCUGCAACCUGGCGAUGUGGGCGAUAAGCACGUUUGAGACGAGUCGAGCUGACGCUCACCCUACACUCCUGAACUACUAUGGUGUCUGGGCUUGGACGAUCAUUUCGCACGUCUCCAUGCCGCUCGCUAUCUUCUACAGGUUCCACGUCACGGUUUGCCUCUGCGAAAUUUGGAAACGUUCCUACAAACUGAAGCAUGACUUCUUAUAAUUGUGCGACGAAGCUCGUUAUGAAACUGGGAUCGCGCACUAGUAUUGCAAUUGUUCGGAAACGUUUGAUGAGCGGUUUUUAUGAAAAUUGACUAAUUGCCCUGAGGAGAUGCGUGAUACAUUCUGAGAAUGAGUGCAAGCCAUAAUAUUUUUGUACCGAUUCUACUAAAAUGCAGGGUUGUACUAAAAAUCUAAAAUAAGCAUGGAAUUGUCAAGCUCGUCGUAGAAAUUUACGAGAUUUUAAUAUUAAUAACCUAAUGGAAUAACCUUAAUUUAGAUAUAUCCUGGAGAAAAUACUUAUUUAAUUUACAACCAAUAUGACUGAAUUUGACCUGGACGUUGUUGCCUGCAUAAUUUAUCUCCGUAAUUAUGAUGUCUUCGCCGAAUUCCUCACUGAAAAUUGUUAACCAAUCUCGCCAUUUCGAUAAGGCGUGCAAAAAUCAUGGCUGAACUAGUUCAACCAUAGCAAUAAUAAUUUCAGUGAUUGCCCUUCACUCGUUUGCUAAGGAUUAUUCACUAAGAUGUGGGUGCUGCCCACGACUCGGUUAUACUGAUCUUGCCAUUUUUAAUAGUCAAUAAAUGUACAGAGUUCCAUGUUUUCAAUAGAAAAACAUUUUCCAUAUUUACGGAAAUGCCUUAGAAUUUAGUUUAGUUGAAGUAGAAUUUAUCCCUAAAAAUACAGAUGUAAUAGUCUAUCCACAUCGCCAAUGGUCUCUCACUGCAAUAUUACACGAAUUAGUUGUAAUAUUUUUCGCUGUUGAAAGAAUUUCUGCUCAAGAUUAUCUGAAGAUUAUAGUGGAUUACAUAGCUGCGUACAUGCCAGUGUUACAGCGUGCAUCAAAAUCAUAUGCACGCGUUGCCACAGUACGAUCAGAGCUCCACCACAGAAAUAGGACAUUCGUUUAUGUUAAUAUAUAAGUUUAAUUAACGAAUAGCCCAUCAGUACAGGAAAUACGUUCCGACUCAAAGUAACUCGUGUUGCUGCAUCUCAAGUAGCGAAUUAGCCAUCAUUUUGCUUUCUUCUGCCAAUUAGCAAUAAGUUGUGUUCGUCCUGCGGCCGCUUCCAUGAAGUUUACGAUUUAUUUGAUAUGGUUUUAAUUAAAAACAUUGUACAUAGUUCUAGGUGGAGGUUGUUAAGCUUAAGAGAGGUAUUUAUAAAAAAGUCACAAUAUUAAUGAGAGUUCAGGCAAGCUGCUUGAUAUACGUCCAUAUAGUUUGACCGAGUAUUUUAUGCCUAUUAUUAAACUUUGUGCUCAAGUCA